AUGUUAAGGUUCUACAAAGGAAGGAGAAGGAGGGAGGACCCCCCCCUGGCGCUUUGCUGGUUUGUGAUGCCGCAGACGAGUUAUAAUGAUACGAAUGAGGAUGACAACCUCGACUCCGAAUCUCCCCCUAAUAAAAGCCUCCAAAAACGGCCAACAGAUGAACGAGUCCCCUCCUGGUCUUGGGCGUCUAUAGACGACGCCGCGUUCAUGUACCCCGCCGCCGAUGAGAAGAAGAAAAAAAUCCAGGUUCUCCGGCCAGCGCCCAGCGUGAAGAUUCUUAAAUCUGCGGUCACCCCAGCUUAUGCUGGCGGGGAGUUUGACUCUGUUGUUUCGGGGUGUCUUGACAUUGAAGGGGCAAUGAGAGAAGUGACGGCGCGUCGGGUCAGGUGGAGCAGCAGCCCAUCAUCGCCAGGCUCUGUAGCCGAGUUGGGUGAGAUAAAGGUCCCGGUGGGAGGACAAGGACACGAAGUGGUGGUGACACUAGAUGCUGCUCCCGAAAAAGAAGAGGAGGAAGUCGAGAAAGAUGGGGAUGGCAGAACCGGCAUAUGGCUUCUCUUGUUGGCGGAGCAAGUGGAGGAGGAUGACGAGGGACAGCAUGAGUUUAACAUUGGCGAAUCUACCUUGCCAGCGUAUGCUGGACUUGUUCUGAAAGAAUUGGUCCAUGGACAGUCGGACAGGCUUCGUCGUGUAGGCUUUUUCCAUUGCUGUGAGAUUUCGAAUAUGGGGCAUACCGGUGAUGGAUGUCGGGAUCUCUUGAAAGAGUUUGAGAUUAGAAGGGUAACACUUGUUUGA